AGAGAGAACGACAUGUACUUGCCCUGGAAGAUUAUGUCUUAUAGAAGGAUUUGUUUUCUGAAGAUAAUAUUGUCUAAUGACAAUUAGUAAUUGCCCAAUAGUUGUCUUCAUUUCAGCCGCAAUGAGCGAUGGAGAGAAAGAGAGAGAGGAACAGCUGUGGUAGAGAGACAGUGAAGGGAGGAGGAUCUCAGUGAGAGUCAGAUGCUGCACCAGGCAGGAGCAGACAGAAGUCAGCCAUAGACAACGUUGGAAAAAGAGGAUGGCCAGUGUAAAGGAAUAUGUCUAAAAGAAAUAUGAAGGAAUAUCUUUGUAUGCUCUGACAACUGGCUGUAUUACAGAUCAGAAUGGGAAAUACAGAUAGUCAGUAUAGCAAUUCCAUCAUCCCUGGUAAGGGAAAAUCUAGCUCCUUGAAGAUGCACACCUCAAAAGAGGAGGCACUUUCCCCACGUUCUUGGUGGAGGAGCACUGAAAGCACCUCUGGAUACAAGGCCAAAAAUUUAUUUUCACCACACAAGAACAGCCAACCUUACAUCUCCCGCCAUUAUGACUGCAUUAAAGGGGGAUCUAGUGACAAAGUACGUUCAGAAAGACACAAUGACAACCAUUUAUUCCAGGGAAAUGGAUUCUUUGUAGGCUACAGACAACAGACUGGAGGCCUCCAGGCCCCUAUGAAGAGCACCAGUUCUGAGAUUAAAGACAGUAAGAGCAGUCCCAAAGUUCUUUUUCGUGAGGAUGGAAGUCUGAGGGUAGAGUUUACCAAUGCACGGAGGGAGCCGGAUGUUGCGCUGUCUUUGGGCAGCUGUCUCAGUGGACCUGUUGAUGCUACCCAAAGGGCCAGUAAUGGGAGCUCUCUUAGCUCUGAGGGUUCAUGGUAUGACUCACCCUGGGGGAAUGGGACAGAAGAUCUGUGUGAUAAUGUCUUCACCACCGGCCAACCUUCGGACAACAGUAGUGGAUAUACCACACUCUCAUCCACACGCACUGUAGAUUUUGGAUGUUUUAAUGGUUACAAUACAGAACAAUCUGAGAACCAUAUGAGUAACCUCACCUGCCAAGCCACAGUUCUUGGCAGUCAGUAUGCAAGCAGUGAUUGCAAUAGUAAUGGGUACAAUGCUAACCGAGCUGAGGAAGACAGUGUUAUUGGAGACUCUGUGUUCCUUAAUUUGGAACAUAAUGGAUUAUCCGACCUUUACGCAAACCCCAACAUGACUGUGCCAUUCCCUACCGAGAGCAUCCUAGCGGUGGAUCAGCUUGAGGACACUCCUCAGCUCCAAACCUCACUGACCGCUUCCCUGGAUGUGAACUCUCAGGAUGAGAGUCAGAAAACCCAGAAUUACACCUCACAAACCCUGCCAUGCAGAAAAGCAGUUCCUGAUGGCAAUACAAGGAAGGACUUGCUCAAGAGUCGCAUCCGCCGCCUCAGCGAUUGGACAGGAAGUCUAAGCAGGAAGAAGCGAAGGCUGCAGGAACCAAGUACUCUGGACUUUACAGAGGUCAUCAGCUGUGGAGCUGGGGGCACACUAGAGGAGUCCAGACCAUUUUGGAAUCCCAUGUCCUCCCAAACACAGCUGGACUGCUCUGGUUCCUCAAUGGGCCCAUUUGGGCAGCAGAACCAGGGUGCGGCCUUGAGGCAGAACAUCUAUGAGAACUUUAUGCAGGGCCUAGAGACUGGCAGCAGCAGUGGAACUGCUGAUGGACUCCAGGUCUGGGAGGGUGAAGGAGAAAGCAGCAGUGGCUCAAUGGGCUCCUUGGAGCAAAUGGACUUCCUGUUUGAGAAGGAGCAAGGUGUUGUGCGGAGGGCUGGUUGGUUGGCUUUUAAGCCCCUCAUUACCCUCCACAAGGACCGCAAACUGGAGCUGGUAGCAAGACGCAAGUGGAGGCAGUAUUGGGUCACGCUCAAAGGCAGCACACUUUUGUUGGGUGAAUCUGAUGGAAAGAUCUCCCCUGAGCAGGAAUGCACACCACAUUACGCAGUGCUUGCCGAGGACAGUAUUGUGCAGGCAGUUCCUGAGCAUCCCAAGAAAGAGCAUGUCUUCUGCCUCAGCAAUGCCUAUGGAGAUGUCUAUCUCUUUCAGGCUGCUAAUCAAACAGACCUGGAGAACUGGGUGACGGCCAUCCAUUCUGCCAGCGCAUCACAUUUAGCUAAGCGUCAGGGGAAGGAGGACACUCUGCGUUUGCUGAAGAGCCAGAGCAGAGCUCUUCUGCAGAAGAUCGACAUGGAUGGCAAAAUGAAGAAGAUGGCAGAGCUGCAGCUGUCCGUCAUCAGCGACCAGAAGAACAGGAAGGCUAUUGAGAGCCAGAUCCUGCAAUGGGAACAGAACCUGGAGAAGUUUAACCUAGAGCUCUUCCGCAUGCGCUGUUACCUGGCUAGCUUGCAGGGCACAGAGCUGCCCAAUCCAAAAAGCCUGCUAGCCACUGCUGGACGCCCGUCUAAAAUGGUGCUAGGUCGUCUGGGAAUUUUCUCUGUCUCGUCCUUUCAUGCGCUGAUAUGCACUCGUGAUGAAGCCACCCUGAAGAGACGAUCUCGCUCUCAUCCUCGAGGUAUGCGGAACAAACGAGGACUGCUCUUUUCUUCACAGAAGGGAUUAGACAGUCUGACCAAACGCAACCAUGAAAAGAGACAGUCUCUGUCCCAGCAGAAGUUGGAUGUCUUUACCAAAAUGCAUGUAACAGCGCCUCCUGAAGGUAACCCGUGGGACUGCAGUCUGGAAAGCCGGGUGUACGUGCUCAUGCCCGACAGUCAGGUCGUCAGUGUGCCAGUCAAACAGGACUCUCUGGUUGCUGAUGUUCUCUCAUUGGCCUGCAAGGCAAAGCAGCUUGACCCAGCUCUGCACUGCCUGCACACGAGGAGACAUUUGGGACAAGAUGUGGAGAGAAGUACUCCAGUGCCCACAGACCAGCUGAGGACCCUGGUCUAUGAUGAACUGGAAGUUUGGCCUCUCAAUGUGUUGACCAUAAACAUGUCCCGGCCGGACACAACUAUAGACUUUGGUUUUGCGGUCACAGGUCAUGUGGAUGGUGCCAGGAGAAGUCAUGUGUAUGUGAGCGAGGUGAAUCCUGAAGGCCUGGCGUUUAUUAGAGGUCUGAAAGCUGGAGACGAGAUCUUGACUCUUAAUGGUGUGAGUGUGGCCUCUCUUGACCUCGGCCUCAUGCAGAGCUUCUUCAGCCAACAAGAGCUCCGUCUCAUCCUCAGACGCGAGGAUAACAGCGCAGACGACCAAAGCUCCGUCUGGCCAGACUGUUUUGCGGUCACAGGUCAUGUGGAUGGUGCCAGGAGAAGUCAUGUGUAUGUGAGCGAGGUGAAUCCUGAAGGCCUGGCGUUUAUUAGAGGUCUGAAAGCUGGAGACGAGAUCUUGACUCUUAAUGGUGUGAGUGUGGCCUCUCUUGACCUCGGCCUCAUGCAGAGCUUCUUCAGCCAACAAGAGCUCCGUCUCAUCCUCAGACGCGAGGAUAACAGCGCAGACGACCAAAGCUCCGUCUGGCCAGACUGUUACCCCAGUGAACCUGAUCAACCCCAACCUCCUCAGGGCGACAUCAUUCACCUGGAGCAGUGGACCACAGAUCCAGCUCAAGAGCAGGAAUUUCCCGAGGGCUCUGCGACGCCUGCUUUGGAGGAGCUGAACGAUAAGGCCGAGUGGGGCGAAAAGUAUAGUACAUGUAUAGAGGAGAGGUCUGAGGUCAUGUGUCGGGUGGUGGGACAGAACAGUGCAGGAGGAGAUGAAGAGGAAUUCUGUGCGCUCUUCCCGCUGUCAUCUCUCCGUCAGACCCUCAAGGAGAUGUUGGUGGGACUGCUGGAUGACGUGAGCGUGUGUGGGAGGUGUGAGUGUAUCUCACUGAACUCAGAGAUGGUGUGUAAUCUCUACCAGACCUUCCCUGAAGUCUCCGUUCUUGUGCCAGAGGGCCACAGGAACCCUUACUCCACUGAAAAUGCCCAUGCCAGAUCCUCUCCCCGUCACAUGUCCGUCACAGAGCGCCUGCGCAUGGUCAUUCAAGAGCUGGUGGACACCGAGAAAUCUUAUGUCAAGGACCUUGGAUCUCUAUUUGAGAUCUAUCUGAAGCCAUUACAAAGAGAAACCUUCCUCAGUCAUGAUGAGAUGGAGUCUCUGUUCGGCAGCCUGCCAGAGAUGCUAGACUUCCAGAGGGUUUUCCUACAAACCCUAGAGCAGAGGACAACUUCCUCACCAGACUACCAUGCACUAGAGACUCCAGAGAAACUCAAGAAACUCCUCUUCUCCCUGGGUGGCUCUUUCUUAUACUAUGCAGAUCACUUCAAGCUUUACAGCGGCUUCUGUGCCAAUCACAUUAAGGUGCAGAAAGUUCUCAAAAGAGCAAAAACAGACUGGGCAUUCAAAGAGUUCCUGGAGGCGAGAAACCCCACCAAACAGCACUCGUCCACCCUGGAGUCGUACCUCAUUAAACCCGUGCAGAGAGUUCUGAAGUACCCGCUGCUGUUGAGGGAGCUGGUGUCUCUCACCGACCCCGAGAGCGACGAGCACAGCCACCUCACAGAGGCAUUAAAGGCCAUGGAGAAGGUGGCCAGUCACAUAAAUGAGAUGCAGAAGAUCUACGAGGACUACGGCACAGUGUUCGAUCAACUAGUAGCAGAGCAGAGUGGCCCUGAGAAGGAGGUCACGGAGAUCUCCAUGGGAGAGUUCAUCAUUCACAGCUCAGCACUCUGGCAAAACCCUCUGCCCUCUUUGGGCCGCAUGAGAAAAGACCCUGAACUCACCCUCUUCGUCUUCAAGAGUGCACUCAUUUUGGUGUAUCGGGAAAGCAAGUUAAAGAAAAGAAUGACGUCUUCACGACCCGGGGAUCUGGAUCCUUUUAAAUUCCGCUGGCUCAUUCCUGUUUCAUCCCUUCAGGUCCGACCUGGAAAUUCAGCAGGGUCAGAGAACCCCUGUGUUUGGGAGGUUGUUCACACAAAAUCUGAAGUGGAGGGACGACCAGAGAUGUCCUUUCAGCUCUGCAGCAGGUAA